AUGAAGAAAGCGGGUGUUAUAAGAGAAUUAACAAGGGUGUUUAGAGGCAUAAUUGACAAGAGAGACAUUCCUGAAGACUGGAAAAAUAGUAUGACAGUGCCAAUCUAUAAAGGAAAAGGAGAUGCCUUGGAGUGCAGAAAAUAUAGAGGAAUUAGACUAUUGGAACAUGGAAUGAAACUAUUCGAAAAGGUAUUGGAGGAGAGAUUGAGGAAACUGAUAAAAGUGGAUGGUCAACAGUUUGGAUUUCAUCCAGGAAGAUUGACAGCAGAUGCAAUUUUUAUAAUGAGGCAAAUACAGGAGAAGUUCAGUGAAAGGAAGAAGAAGCUAUUCCAUGUCUUUGUUGAUCUAGAGAAGGCAUUUGCCAGAGAGCCAAGGAGAGCAAUUGAGUGGGCACUAAGGAGAUAA